AUGGCGGAAAUCUUAGACAUUCAGAAACCAAUCAUCUUUGAUGAAUCAAUUUUUCACUAUGAGGUUCAUUCACAUCAACCUUAUGCUUCAUCAACAUUUAACAAUAGUGAUGAAAUUAGAAUCAGUAUUCAACAUCAGGACUUAUGCAUUCUACCGAGCAAAAGUUCUUUGCACAUUUGCGGAAGAUUUGUAAAACAAGAUGGCACCGGCGCAGGUGCAACUAUGAAUUUAGUCAAUAUGGCUAUUUGUCAUAUGUUUGAAGAAAUACGCUAUGAAUUAAGUGCUGUUGAAAUUGAUAGAUGUAAAAAUGUGGGUCUUACAAGUCUCAUGAAAAAUUAUAUAUCUUUGAGUCCUGGGCAAGUCAAUUCAAUAGAGAAUGCUGGAUGGUUGAUCAAUAAUGAUAGUAAAUUGACUAAUGAUGAUGGAUAUUUCAACAUUUCUAUACCACUAAAUUACAUACUUGGAUUUUCCGAAGAUUAUAAUCGUAUUAUCAUGAAUGCCAAACAUGAAUUAAUUCUUAUACGAUCAAAUUCUGAUGUUAAUACAUAUAUACAUACACCUGCUGCUGCUGGUGAUAGGGCUGAAAUAGUGAAACUUCUUCUCAAUAAGGUAGAAUGGAAUGUCCCAUACGUCACAAUGUCAGACAAGCAAAAAAUUCAAGCACUCAAUUUUAUUGCUAAUGAUCCAGCUAUAUCAAUAAGCUUUCGCACAUGGCAAUUGUACGAAUACCCGCUACUCCCCCGAACAACGAAACAUGUUUGGCCAAUCAAGACUUCGACGCAAUUGGAAAAGCCGCGAUAUGUGAUCCUAGGAUUUCAAACUGCUAGAAAAAAUGAUGUAACGAAAAACGCCAGUCAAUUCGAUCAUUGUAAUAUCAGAGAUGUAAAGCUAUUUCUCAAUUCUCAAAGUUAUCCAUAUCUGAAUUUAAAUCUAAACAUUAGUCGUAAUUAG